ACGACAAUUAUUCGGAAUGUGAGUGUAUGGAUAUAGUACAGAUGUUACACGAAACAAUUCAUCCAGUUACAAACAUCCAAUAAAAAGCCGGCAAUUUAAAGGUACUUGUCGGGCGACACGUAAACAAAAUUUAAUGAUGGAAGGCUCGGAAGGUGAGUCUGAUGAAUUUCACUCGGAUAUGGAAGUUGCGUUUUCGAAGGCAAAAUCGCGAUCACCGCAGAGGCAAAGGUUAGAAGAAGCUGAUGAACUCUCAGAAGAUGUAUUCAUGCCUCUGGUACCCGGCGAUGAGUUCGAAGAACAGGAUUUGGAAGGUAAGGUGAAGCGAUUUUUGAAGUCAACGCGGAAGGUUAAUUUAUAAUUAUAAAAUAAGCGUAAGUUCAAACGGAAUUUCGUGUUGUCUGGCACAUCAAGACUUGUUUGGCGAUUUUAUUUUGCUCCGGUUGAGAUGUUUUCCUGUAGAUGAAUAAAUUUGACGUAUCAUUUAAAGGUUCAUUCAAAGAAUUUCUACGUAUGGUUUUAUUGAUUAAAAAGACUUUCAAAGAGUUUCAAACUGAAGUUUUAAAGUGCGUUGUUCCAAGUUGCAAGAUACUUUUGUUACGGUAUUUUAAUGCAGCGAAGCUUCAUAUUUGAAGUAAUAUAUUAGCAUUUAAAAUAUCAGAGAAAUAUCAACUUACAGCUGAUCUAUAUUUCAAGCUAAGCUUAUGAAUACGAUAAUAAUCUUUUGUUUAUUAAUCAGAUGCAAAUAAUUAACAAUUAUCAUACAUUGUACUCACUAUCUGUCUUCUCAUUCGCUAAGAGCCUACGGCUAAUUUGUAAUGGUAACAGGACUGAGUGGAGUCCAAUUCGGUCUGUAAUCAUACGAGUGAUUAACAAAAUCAGACGACUGCAUAGCGGGAGUCCGAUUUGUUUAAUCAUGAGUACGAUUACGGACCGAAUUGGACGACACGAAGUUCUGUUACCAAUUAAUCAUAGCUUUAACAAAAUUUGUGAUAUAUAGGGCUCUUUUUAAAUCAAAACACAAGAAAUUCCAAGAUUUUUCCGCUAGCAAUGAAAAAAAAAUCCAUUUAAACGCGCGCGUGAUGGUCGCAUGACAGGUUAAUGAAUCCGUACUGCGCAUGACAGGAUAAUUUGACAGGAUAAUUCCGACUUUAGUCCCGUCAACUCUUGGUUAGUCUAAACUCUUAAAACAAUAUCAAUACUUUAUGGAAAUUAGCGCAACCUACAGAUUAGUUAGUUAUCUGCCAGCAGAUAACUGACUAAUCUGUAGAUUGCACGCGCAAUGCAUGAGUUUCCAGUAACAAUAACUUUUCAGGUUCUUAGCAACGUUGUUGUUAUUCUCUUCAAAACAAUGUAUAAUUAUAAAACAAUUAUUAGAUUCAGUUUUUGUGAUAUCCUCAAUUAUCAAAGUCUUGGUAAGUGUUAUCACACUUUGGCCUUCGGCUAAGCUGAUAACACUUACCUCAAGCUUGAUUAUUCCAGAUAUCACGAAAACCUCAUCCAAUAAUUGUCUAAUGUCAUACUAACCUUAUAAAAGUAAAUUUAAUAGUUUCUUAGUACACGCUGAAAAGAUAAUUUUUUUUCUGUAAUAGUAAUGAUAAGUAUUGGACAAUGUUCCAGACAUAUUUAGAGUUCAAGUUUAAAUAGCUUUAAAAUUAAUGUUGUUUCCUGGUAUUUGCUUUCUCUGCAAAAAGUAUGUUUUCCUUAAUUGUUUCCUAGUUGUCCCAUUUCUCCAGCAAAAAUAAUUUAAUAAUAAUAAUAAUAAUAAUAAUACUAUUAUUAUUUUAAUGUAGUGAUAGUAAUAACUGCAAGUUAACACGGAUAUUGUAAAAUAGUCCUCUGAGAGGAGACCAGCUCACUAGCAAUGAAUAGUCUGUACUCCAGUAACCAUAAAAAAGAAGAAAAUUUGUGGAAAAAAAUACGGCCAAUGGCGAGUUUUGAACCUAGUACUGCAAUGACAACGAACUGAAACCACAUGCUUGCAAAACAACAGUCAUGUUGACUGCUGCCCUAGCAUUACUUUAAAAUAACUGUGUAUUAUGUAAUAUUCUCUUCAACAUUUUUAUUAAGUUCAUGUUCAUGAUGAAUUUAAUCAAUACUAUAGUAUAACAUCUCUCCACCACUUGUAUAGGAAAUGUAUUGGGUAAUAUAUUAUGAGAAUGUAUCCUUUGAUGUUAGGGUUUAAGAGUUAUUUAUCCCUUUUUCCUUUGUUUCUUUUGACUACAAUUAUUUUUGAAAAUGAGUAAUGUAGUUUUAGGAUAUGAAAUUGUUUGACUUAAGAAAAAGAAGAAGAAAGUAGAAUUCUAUUUUAUUUCUCAAAAAAAGGGUGAUAGCAGGUAUCAAACCCAGUCCCUUUGGCUUUGAAGGUCAAGCAUUACUGCACAUACAAGAACAAUUGAAUGACCAUACCAUCAUUCAUUCAUUCAUUCAUUCAUUCAUUCAUUCAUUCUUAUGCCGACAAUAGCGUAAAGUUUUCUGGCUCUAAGGCAGUGAGCUCAAAAAUGAUCACAUUCUUGAUUUGAUUUAUGACCUCAUCUUUUCUCCUUGCACAGAUUCUGGACAGCCAACUUACACUUUGUCUGAAGCCGUAGAGAAGAUUGGCUUUGGCAAAUUUCAGAUGAAUAUAAUCUGGAUGGUUGGCUUUUUUGUCGUAAGUAUCCCUAACGUAAAUUCAGUUAAUCAUACUUGUUUUUACAUGUGGACAGGGAUGUCAUCACUGGUCAAAAUAAAUUAAAGGAGUGUGUAGAAUAAUAAUAAAUUAUUACAAGGCCCUUUGUGACCCUUAAUUUUAGGCAAAUAUAAGAAAAGUUAGACAGAGAAUCAAGCAGUCUAUGAGGCAUCGUAUCUGUUGUGCCCUUUUUUGCUAUCCCUUCCCUUGAGGAGGGUAAAAGUAAUAUUUAAUAAUAAUAAUAAUAAUAAUAAUAAUAAUAAUGGAAACUUUAUUUGUGUUUUUGAAUGUAAAUAUCACUACGUAUAGGCAAUUUACAAAUGCUGCUUGAGAUUGGAUUAUUCAAAAAAAAAAAAGAAGAGAAAAGAAAAGAAAAGAAAUCAAAAUUGCAUUAAGUCUGGGCUAUCCCAAUUCCUAUUUCUACGACAAAAGAUGUAAUAUGUUGCUCUAAUGGCUUUUUUUUGUCAUUUUCUUGAUGAUAUAAAGUUGCUUCUUUUUGUCAAUGCCAAUGUAAUAAGAAUGAUAAUAAUAAUAAUAUAAAUUUAGUCGUAGAUAAUUAAUUAACUAACUAGGUAACUAACUAGCUAACUAAAGAACAAACAUCUGUUUACAAAAGUUCUCUUGAAACGCUCAGUAAUCUGACAGGCGGGAGAAUAUAGUUAUGCUGCCUCUUACGUAACAUAACUGUAGUUUGCUCCGGUGGCAGAAGGCUUUAAUUAUCCUUUCCCCUUAUGGGGCUUUCCAGGGAUAAUGAAACAAAUAAUUUAAAUGGAACAUACAUACACAUGUUGCAACAUGGUUAAAAGGCCCAACUGGUGGGAGGAGAACCAGUUGGCUAUUUUACAAUGUGGCGGAGGAAUUGAACUUGGGACUACGGAGAAUAAAUCCAGCGAGUGGUCAAGGCAGCACUUGAACUGGAGGCCUCUGAAUUACAAGUCCAGUGCUGUAAAUGUUCAGCCACGCUGUCUCCUCCUGAUCAAUACCGGAUGCCCAUUAGGAAGUGUAAUAAUUAAUGGCUCUGUUUUUGCAGAAGAGUGGAUGGUACUUUAGGAAUUAAACAGAAACAAAUAUCUCUCUACAUGUAUGCUAUUGAUCAAAAUUUUAGAUUGCUGAUGCACUUGAAAUGAUGUUGCUGUCUAUUCUUGCCCCAACAAUUCGCUGCAUUUGGCAUCUUCCAUCUUGGAAGGAGGCUUUGGUUACCACGGUGAGCAUUGAUAAUGGCACUAGGUAACAACUUCAUUCAUUAAAAUUAAGCUACGUGCAAAUGGACGCAUAUUGAACAACUCCCAACAUUGUUGGCCCUAGAAAGUUGCAUCCAUGUUGGCAGUGGUGUCGAACAGAUGCAACAACUCCCAACAAUGUUGGGACCUGCAGUGCAUUGUGGGAAGGAUAUAACCCAUAAGACUUUGUAAACCAUGUGUAAUGCACAUGCGUGGCCCCAGCAAUGUUGAGUAGUGAUUACUAGAAUGGCAGAGUAAAAGUGGAAGUAAUUCAAUAAAUUGAAAAUAGAUGUUUCACUAGUAUUGAGUAAGAUGCCAGUGAAAAAAGGUAAAGUAACUGUGCCUUUCUAAAUCUGUUUUGAAGGAGGGCUAUGAAUUAAUAAAAUAUUAUCAUUAUAUGGCAGGUUGUCUUUGUAGGAAUGAUGAUUGGAUCAUCUUUUUGGGGUUGGCUAGCAGACCACUAUGGCCGAAAAACUGUAAGUUCAGGUACAUGCACAUAGCUAGGUAAAGACACUUAUUUAAUACAAUGCACAAUAAAGUAAUACACUAUAGUGUAUGAUUUGGUUGGAAAAUUUCCAAACCAGGUAAAUGAUUACCCUUUUCCUUUGUUUCAACAAUUUGUCGACUUUUCGACUUCUUUGUGACAAGCUUGAGUAUAGCCAACAUUCUUGUCGAACUUGAGGGAUCGAAUGGGCUGUUAAUGUCAUGGUUGUUGCGUUUUUCAUACUUCUGUCAAUAUAACGUCAAGACUCUGGGAAACAAAACUAUUUCCCUCAGAAGCUGGCAAUGAGUGUGUAUCUAACACAAAAACAUGCCCAAAAUACUUCAUGUGUUCAUGAUUUUCUUAGUCUGUUAGUAAAUUUAUGAAUAAAUCCCUCACUUAGGCAAAUAAAAAUUGCAUCCUGCUACAUGUAAUUAACAGCUGUAAGGUGAUUAUUAAUUGUGUUUUUUUCUCCUGAUUUGUUGUCAAGGUCAUAGUAAUAUGUGCAACCUGGAUCUUCUAUUUUGGAUUAAUUAGUUCAUUUUCACCUCACUAUUAUUGGAUCAUAGCAUUGCGUUGUUUAGUUGGUUUUGGAAUUGGUGGUGCACCACAAUCGUAAGUGCUAUUAGUGCAUAUGGAAAUUAUUGAUAUACCAUAUUUCCUCUAUUUAGCCCUUGGGGUUUAUCUUUGUAGGUGUAUGCUUCUAGGCUAGGGGCUUAUUAGAAGUGGGUGUGCUUUUUAGAGGUACAAAAAGUGUAACCUAAAGGAUGGGUGCAGGGGCAUAUCUGGAGUUUUGAUUAUGGGAGAGGUCUACCUCAGAUAUGCGAGGUAAAGAACGGGUAAUAUACUGGUAUGAUAAUGGGAGGUACUUGUUGCUUGUGAGACAUAGGGUGUAUGGACCCCCCCCCCCCCCCCCCCCCCCCCCCCCCCCCCCCCCCACCUGGGGGGGAUUGCUUUUUGGUUUUUUUUUUCGAUGUUGUGUGUUGUUGGUGUGUGUAUUGGGAGAGGGAAAAAAAAAAAAAACAAAUAAAUAUAGCAUACUUGCCCGCCGCCCCCGCACUCCACCACCCCAGGCCUGUACUUGAGGGGGAACUUUUUUGAAGUUCAGUUUGAUAGGCAGUUUAUGCUGGCAUUGGAAUUAGGACAGGGUUUAAAAUUAAAAGCAAUAAUAUCAUACCGAUUUACCCCCCCCCCCCCCAAAUUUAUUCUCUUGUUUUAAAGAUUUUAAAUAUAUAUAUUUUAAGUCAAUUAUUAACGCACUGUAAUGUUUGUUUCUUUCUUGUCUUUCAGGACAACACUUUUAGCUGAGUUUCUUCCAUCAAGUGUUCGAUCAUACUGCAUAUUAUCUCUUUCUGUAAGAAGUAAACUGUUCAUGUUUUAAGCUGUUAUAAUGUAAGAUAGUAUUUAAAAUAUUAUUCAUUUAAGCAAUUUACAACAUGUAAAAAUCUGUGGAGAUUUUCAACUUUGACAUGUGUACAUAUCUGCUUUAUUGUAGCUCCAACCGUAGGCUUAACAUUAGAGUUAAAUAUUCUUAUAUGUAUAAAAUUGUUUUAGAUACAGUGUAGUUAUUAGUUUUUCUCAGAGUAGUCAGUUUGCUAUUGAUUGCAACAAUGAACUGCUUUCCGCCUUGGUCUUCAUCAAGUGAUGGUGUUGAUGGACUGUGCAAGAUUAUUAAUAGUACCACAUUUUGCUGUUGGUAAAAUUUGAUGCGACUAAUAAUCCCUGUGGGUAUACCUCCAUAUGAUGGUGUAUAUGGGCAGGCUCUUUCUGACAGGGGGACCUGCUGAACCUUUGUCUGUUUUCAGGUAUGUGAAAGGUUAUGGAUUUCUUAAGUUGCAGUAUAUGAAAGUGUAGGGAAAUUCGUCAUUUCAGUAUUUCAAAGGGCCUGUAACAAAAAUACUAAUAUAUUUUAAACUGACGUACAAUAGCUGUAUCAUGGCUGCCAUUUGAGAAUUUAUUUCAAGUAAUUAUUGUGCUCUUACAUCGCCUUUCACAUUCCUGACAGGUGAUCACUUGGACAUUAAUCAGAUUUGAUCAGAUCUUGUUUCGGUUUUGUUGGCAAGAUAUAGAGAUCUUGGGUAUGAGAGUAAUAAAAUAAAUAAUGUUAUUAAAAUAUUUGCUUCUUUUCAUUACAGUUUUUUUGGGCAAUAGGAUCUUGUUUCACAGUAGGAGUUGCUAUGGCUGUGAUGCCAUCAUUGGGAUGGAGAUGGCUUCUUGGAUUUUUGUCCUUACCACUUCUACUGUUUGUUGCUAUGAGUUAUGUAAGUAAGACUGAGUGAGCGCUGCUGACAAUUGCAAAUUUUAUCAUUUAUUGUUAAAAUAAAAAAUAUUUGAUAAGAACUUUAAGAUAAAUAAUCAUUGAAUUUUUUAUUGUUAGAUUGUUAGAUUAAGAACAUAUGCAUUGCAUCAGAGGAUUUUUUUUGUUUUUUGUAAACCCUCAAUAAAAAAAACAUAAAGUAAACCUGUGUCUUCACUGCAAAUAGAAUUUGACUAAUAGACCAGUUUUUUUUUUAAGUGAACUGCUUGCCCAAAAAUGUUACACUGAUCAAAAAUAAUAAUUAUGUAUAUAUAUUUCUUUUAGUGGCUCCCAGAGUCCUGCAGAUAUUACCUUGCUGCAGGUGAGAAAGAAAAAGCAGUUAGAAUGCUUCAGAAGGUGGCAAGGGUCAACAAAAGUGAAAUGCCUGUAGGAAUUCUUAAAGAUGUUAGUGAGGUAAGUUAAGGAUUAAUAAUGGUAACUGAACUGAGUGGAGUGCAAUUUGGUCUGAAAUCAUGCGAGUGAUUUUAAAAUCGGACAAGUGCGAGUUCAAUUUGAAUGACAAGUAUGCAUGAUUUCAAACCAACAUUGUAUGACACAAAGUUCAGUUACAACUUAUUGCAGCCAUUUUGAAAUUGUAGAAUUCAGUCAGUACCAAUACUAUUAAAUUUUGACCUAGUAGCCAGUUUAAUUUCUUGAAAAGUGGAAACAAAAAGGUCUUAUCUCAUUUUGUACCCGAAACAGAAAUGAUGCAAUAUAGAGCAAAAAUGGUGUGAUUUCAAAACAGAAAUGAGGCAAUUUAGGACACAUGAAUCAUGUGAUUCAGGACAGAUGUGAUUUGGGGCAAAAAAUAGUGUGAUUUGUGAAUAAAUUGCUCUGCUGAGAGCCAAUCAGAUUGCAAGGAUCACCAGUGAUUUCAAAAUGGAUAAUAAAGUUAUUUUAAAACAACAACAAGUAGGAGCAUUUUAUCAAUAAAACAUCACCACCAUGCACUGAUUAUCUACAGAUGUCUGCAUAAGACAGCUUUUGAUUUUUUUAAAAAAUAUAUCUUCAUUGAAAACUAGAUAAUAGUAUUGUUACAUAAUCUUGACUAUUCCAUUGAUGUAUGAGUACUCAAUAAAAGCAUUAAAUUUUGCCCUCAGAAUGGUAGACAAGGACAAUUUAAAGAUUUGAUCAGUCCAGAAUUUAGAAAGACAACAAUUUUGUUGUGGUUUAUUUGGUGAGUAUUGUUUAAUUUAGGUUAGGAAAACAAGUAAAACUCGUGAACCAGAGCACUGAUAGAUAGAGGGGCUAAAAUGAGCACACCAUCGGCCUCAGUGUUUUUUGUUGGAUAAGGACUAUUUCAAGUUAGUGAUGUAAAAUAAGGACUACUUUUAGGUAAUUAAGUGGAUUAAAAUAUCUUGGCUGUUGUUGGAGCUACAUUGUACAACCUCAGUGUAAUGAGUAAUAUUAUGUUACAUUACUGAAAAUAUUCUGACAUACUCUGAAACUUCACCACAAAGGUAUUCUCUUAGUAAGAACUGAUAUCUCAGAAAACGAAAUAUAUUUUAAGGUAAUUGACACAUUUGAGGUUAUUGUUUGUAUAGAUAAUAGCAUGAUUAGUAGCGAUAUUUGGCUUAAGUACCAUGAGUGAAAUUUGAGACAAUUUUGAAAUAUCACAAGUGGUAUUUAUGCCAAAAUAAUGUCACAAAUUACAAAUCCUGCUAUUAUUUGUUUAUACUACUGCGUGCAAAAGGUUUGUAAUUUUCACAUGUAGCCUGAAGUAGGUAUUUCAAAUUAAGCUGAAAUACCACUCCUCUAAGCCAAUCAAAUUGCAGAAAUUUCUCAGUUAGUAGCUAGUAUAAGGAUUGAAAUAUCAUGGCUGUCAUUGGAGCAACCUCAGAAGUGAGUUAUAAUAUAUUAAAAUUGUUGCAAAUAUUCAGGCAGAAACUUGCCUUGUGGGUAUUUCUAUCAGUAAAAACUUUUACCUCAGAAAAUUUGAGUCGAGUAAUUAGUGUCCCUUUCCAAGUUAAAUGAUCUUGCAGGUACAAAGUUUGACAAAAUUUUGUUGUCAUUUACAGGUUUAACUUAGCAUUUACAUAUUAUGGAAUAGUGCUUAUGACUACAGAGAUGUAUCAAGGACUAAGUGAAUCUGAAGGAAGCUGUGGAGGUACGAAUGAAACCACUUGUUGAUAUCUGUCAUUAAAUAAACCAUUUAGCUUACUGAUACAAAACAUAUUUCUUCACUUAACAGAUAAUUUAAUGAGUAAUAAACAUUAGCACAAUUACAUGUAAGGAAGCAGUUUGGUUUAGGUAUUUUCAACAAUAAAUGGACCAUAAUAACUUUAUUGAAACUUGGACUACUGUACUUGUUAAACAGUUUAAGUAUUUAUUUCAUGAAUAUCUAGAAUGUUCUCCACUAAUUAUUAUGAUGAACACCCUCACGGGGUUACAGUACAUGAAAAUACCACCUCUGCAUCAUAUCUGAAGGCAAGCAACUACCAUUAUUUUCAGCCACAGAUUCUGGUGCAGUUAAGAAUCCUGACUGUGGAUGUCAGCUUCUCACUUUUAAGGACUACACAGAUAUGCUGUGGACCACACUUGCUGAGUUUCCUGGUACAGAAUAAAAAAUUAUUGCUUACAUGUUUAACUUUAUCUUCAAGGGGAAAGGAAAUGAAAAUUAUAGCAUGAUUAUUGAAAUAAAUUGUAAUAGACUAGAAGUUGAGUUUCAAGGACCCCUGUGCACUGUAUGAAUUGUGUGCAAUGAGUGUAUUAUCAUGGGUUUUGGAGAUAUCUACAUGGUACCUUAUAUUCCUGGGAUCCUGGAAGAAUUAUUAGUUCAUUGUACCGCAACUAUAUGAGAAUAAAAAUGGCGUUUUUCAGCCAAGGGCACAGGCACAAAAAAAAACCCAGAAACUAUUUACAUUCUUCAAUUCAAUUACCACAUUUUUUGGCUCUCUUCUAUAAAAGUAUUUUGUGCAAUGCAGGUAACAUAACAGACUGGUCCUCUCUCCCACCCCAGAUCAAAACCACCUGUCCAGUUGUGCGUUGUUGAAGAGACUCAAGAGGAAGGGACACUUAUGUUCCAGUUUAAUUUCUUCUUGGAAAACUCAAACAGGGGCACCCAAUGACAGUUUCCUCCUAAAAGCAUUGUCAACACUUUUUAGGCUAUCCAGAGUACUUUCAGAUCUCUAGAAAGCAUUCUGAGCGGCGCUGUAAAAAUGGUGUCUGUUCAGUCAGGUAGGGGAACGAGAGUCUUUUCGAAAUUACAGGGGCUUGAGUAUUAUUUUGCUGGAAAUUUUAGGGGAAAUUUGACAUAUGACGAAAGUAAGACAUUUUGUAAUUCCUCUCUCCAUCACCUUUUUGAAUGCACAAAUUUUAGGUUUCCUUUUAUCUACGAAAAAUAGCCUAACUUGGGAAGUAAAAUGCGAAAAUUAAACUUCAGAAAAUCAUAGGGAAUUUAUUAGAUAAGCUUCAAAAAUUGUACAUGAAUGGAAUGGUCAUCUAAAAAUUUUUAGCCUUCCUCAAGUAAUAGAAAAUUCUAGGCAUUUUUUUCUUCUCUGAACAGAUGUUUUAUAGAAAACAGUCGUUGAGUGCUCCUGUUCAAAAGGAUGGUCACCACAAUAAUAAUUUAUUACCAUCUGUUUGGAGAGAGUGUCUGAAGUAAUUUUGAUUCCAUAGUAGGUCUAAUUAAUAAUUUCAUACCUUAAAAUGUGGCAAGUAAAUAUACUGAUCAAUGUAGGACAACUUAAAAAUGAAUUGGUAAAUGAUAACACAUAAAAAAUUUGUCAUGAUUAGUAUUAAGAUAUUUUCCCUUCUUGUUAGGCAUCAUUGUGACCAUGUUGAUGCUGGAGAAACUUGGAAGAAAGAAAACCAUGGCAAUCGAAUUCUUUUUAACUUCAGUUUGCUACUUUCUUCUAUUUAUCUGUUCUGGAAGGUAAGAGUUAAAUUUCUUAAUAAUUGUUUUGAUAAGGUAAUGAGUCCCUCCAGUUGAAAAUAGAUGUUUAAAAUGAUAACUAGACUGUUCAUAGCCCCCUGUUUUCUGCAUUGGUCAGGGAAAGUGAUUGCCGAGUUUGAAAUGCCUCUGUCUUGAUAUGAUUAUCCAAUUCACACUGAAUUCACCUCCAAAGCUUGUCCUUUUCUCACCUCUACAGUCAAUUUGUACUUGAAAGACAUCAAAUCAACUUGGCAAAGCCUAGAAAAAAUCUAUCCAAAAUGCUUAUGUUCUAAGGAGGUUACAAAAGCUGCGGAAUGAUGUACCGUAUCGAAUUUUAAGGAAAGAUGAAUUUAAGCUUACUGAUACAGAAUAAUUCAUUAUUCACUUUGUUUGUGUAUUUUUCUUACAGAACCAUGAUGACAGUGUUUAUAUUUGGAGUUAGAGGAUUUAUAUCAGGAGCAUUCCAAGGCUUCUAUGUUUAUACACCCGAGGUACAUGUAAUAGACUGAACAAAGAUUAUGACACUAAAGAAAACAUGUAAUACUUAUGUAACAGAAAUAGGUCUUGCAAAAUUGAAGAAAGGCUGAUUUAUCCUGUUAAGGUGGCAUUAGUAAACCUGGAUCAUAAGCCUUUGAAUUUGAAACAAAUUAAUUGAUAAUUACAGACGAUGUGUUUCUUGUAUUUCGUUUCUUUUUUAGGUUUAUCCAACAGUAGUUCGUGCUCUAGGUCUUGGCUUCUGCAGUGCAGUUGCUCGUGUUGGAGCAAUGAUAACACCUUUUAUAUCACAGGUAUGAAUGAGUUUUUGAGACGCAUUUUUUCAUUGACUAACAAAUGAUAUACCAAUACCUUUCAUGUGGGGGGGACCCAAACCUCCUACAUGUGCAGCUCCUGUAACUUGCAUUUUCGGCUCCCAAGGCAUCCCUUGUCUUGGCUUCUUUCCUGUAGCCCUUUUCCCGUUGCAAAAUAUUAAGCAUUGUUGCCUAUGUUCCCCUUAUUUCAUCACUCUUCCCACCCUUUGAGGACUCCCUCCUCCUGUCCUUUCCUCUCAUGCCUCCUAACCCCUCUUGCCCUUAUUCUUCCUGGCUCCAUCCCCCCUCCCGUAGUCUCCCACUUAGAUGCUUCUAGAAUUUUAAGCCUCUUUCCUAAGGUGACAUCACAAUCAAUCAUUUUCUUAAGACACAACGUAAUAGGCCCGGAGUUGAAAGUUAGAGAAAUUAAGUGUAUUGAAGAUUGUUGACUACUGAAAUUUUGAGUGACCCACUAUCUCUACUACAUUUGAUAAUAAAAUCAUUGGAGCGAGUAGUAGUGAAUCAAACAUAGUAAAAAGAUAAGUACAAUAGCAUCUUUUGACUGAGUAACGACUGGGACAAUAGUUUUUCUCUUACAAGUUAUAAGAAUGUUUGUAGCAUAAAAAAGUUAGAAAUGAAUGACGGGAAAAGGAGGGUGUAACGGUUCUUUUGCUUCCCAUCAAUCGGGCAAAAUAAAGUUUGACAAAAGAUAACAAAAAUAGACGAGAAUUUGGUUUUCUGUGAGUACGAGGUAUCAUUUCUAACUAUGGUUUAUCAUUAUUGUUUUUUCUUCUCAGGUGUUGCUCAGGGUCUCACUACGUUUAGCGUUAGGUGUCUAUGGCUUAAUGUCCUUGUUAUGUACUGUCUGCACGUUAUUACUGCCUAUUGAAACCACAGGGAGACCAAUGGUGGUAAGUACUUGUACAAAUUCAUAA